AUCGUCUCUGGCGUAACUCGAACAUCGAAGCUACUUCAACGAAUUGAGACUUCAUUCGAAGAUGGCGUGGAAAGUGUGGACAUCGCUCAUCUAGCGGAGCGAUACACCCUCGACGCCUUUGCGAAUGCAGCAUUUGGCUACGACUGCGACAGUCUCAACAACGAUCGGGAAAUUCUCUACAGAUACAUGUUGGUGUUCAACAGAUCAGGUGCUGCUGAGAACCAGCUCACAGGCUUUGCACGGUUGUUCCCGUCACUCACGUGGUUUCUGCGGUUGUUUGACACAGAACAUCGUCAGCUCCACGCACUGCAUUUACCAGAGAAUAUGAAAAAACUCAUUGAGAAAAGAAAAACAAAGAUGGCGCUGUGCCAGAGAAUCAGUCAAAACAUCUCCUACGUCGUCUCAUGGAAGGUUACUCAGUUUCCACUGACAGAAGACAACAACGACGUUAAGCGCCAUCUGUCGGACGACGAAGUAUUAAGUCAGGCAGCUACCAUGGUUGGUGGAGGUCUUGGCCCUACAAGUUCAGUUCUGUCGUUUGCGCUUCACCUUUUGGCUACCAACCCAGAAGCGCAGGAAAAGUUGACAGAUGAAAUAAAUAAAGUUUCACAAAAUGAGCCGCUGGACUACGACGCACUUUCUCAGAUGGAAUAUCUCGAUAUGGUUAUAGAAGAAACAAGUCGGGUAUUCCCUGUGAUACCUGGCGUAGCACGCACUUGCACUGAAGAUUGUGAAGUCGAUGGAAUUCCUUUCCGGAAAGGGAUGAAGGUUAGAGUUAUGGCAGUUGGCAUGUACACUGACGAGACGCUCUUCCCGGAGCCGGAGAGAUUCCUCCCAGAUUCAGCAAAGAGAACAAGGAAAAGCGACCUCAUUACAGUUAUCUCCCCUUACGGGCACGGUCCGCGCAUGUGCGUAGGCUUCAAGUUUGGCCUCGUUCUGAUAAAGGUUGCUCUUGUCCAGAUACUUCGUCACUACGCCCUCACAACAUCCUCCAAAACACAGAUUCCACUGAAACCGCCCUGAGGCCUCUUGCUUAACCCCUCACGGAUCUGUCCACAUCGGCCUAGUUAAAGAGGAACACGUGAGGCAACUACUAAAAGACAAUCGGGACCAUGUGUUUUUGCAAAUCUCGCGUGAAGUCGCCAAAAUCUGUGAUAUGUAAUGUGGGACCGCGCUUUCUUCUGUGACGUCAUAACCCAGAUGUGACGUCAUCCAUGGCUGACUGAGAUGCCGAGUUUCAGCGUUAUGUACAGCUAUUGCUGUGGGAAGAAUGAUUUGAACAGCUUGAUGGGGUGCACGUCACGUCCCCAUAACGUGACAAGUGACAAGUGACGUCGUUUGGCUGUGAUCUGAACGAGACUGAAGACUUAAACCAUAACAAACUCAUCAAAAACUCUUCCAUUAUGUCACGUGAUCACCAUCGUCAUCAUCAUCAUCAUCAUCAUCAUCAUCUCAUCACCACCAAGACAUGUUCUCCAGUUCGAUGUGUGUUCAUGUAUAUAUUGAAAACAAAAUUUAAAUCAUGUCCAGUAAUGAAAUCCAUUCGUCACCGUUGAUAGACACAUUCAUCUUUUAUAAAAAAGUAUAUUUAGCUUUAUAUAUUUUCCGUGUUAUCCGCUUAAAAUGCAGCAUAUGACGAAUUUAUAUUUAUUGGGGGCGGUGGGGUAACCUAGUGGUUAAAGCAUUCGCUCGUCACGUCGAACACUCGGGUUCAAUUCCCUACAUGGGUACAAUGUGUGAAGCCCAUUUCUGGUGUCCCCGCCGUGAUAUUGCUGGAAUAUUGUCAAAAGCGACAUAAAACUAAACUCACUCACUUGGUUGUAAAGGCAUUAUAUAUAAAUGUUAUUAAAACUCCAUAUUCGUUUUAGUUUUUAAGAAAAGUACCAAAACGAAAUGUGAUGUUACUUUUGGUGUUAACACAGAAUCUUUCAUAACAGCCAUGUAUCACGAGAACAUAUCAUGAUGUAAAUGUGGGAACGGUGUAUACACGAUACAUGUAAAGGUCUUUGUUGCGACCUAUAGUGUAAUCUCACAUUUCAGAUGGAAUAAAAUGUUACGUAUAACGGGUUA